CACUGUACCCCCCUUUCUAUAUACCUGCCUGACACUCCUAGAGAGGGGCUGUGGCACCGUAUUUAGGGGUCCCCUUUCUCUUGCCUCAGGCACCUGGCAGGCUGUGAAGCUGGACUUGCAUGGGGCUGUUUUGGGCUCGGGGUACUUGAAAUACCAGGGCCAGGGCAGAUCUUGAUGGGCAACAAUCAGGGGCAGAUCAGUUAGCUGAGCAGCUUGGGCUCCAGCGAGGAGUUUAGAGAUAGGGGUCAGGGCUAGCAGGGCCGGGCACCCAAGGGCCACUAGGGCCCCGCAGAUAAACAGUCUCAGGAGGAUGAGAUCCAUGGGGCACCAUGUGCGGGGUUAAUGCCCAGCCCUAUUUAUGCCCCUCCAGCUUUAUUACUUGAUUGGGGCACAGUCUGGGGCCCCUCAGCUGAUAUUGCAGUAAGUGCCCAUCGGGGGGGCUUGUAAAAAUAAAAGCAGGCAACAUUUUCCCCCAUGGUCCCCCCUAAAAUGCUGAGCACCUAGGCAUUGUGGGUAGAGGCAGGCUGGUGCAUAAGUAUGGGAUAAAGCUGUUUUCCUAUUGGCUGUGAAUGUGUUUAAGUUACAGCCUUAAAGGGGCCCCGCGUGUUAGAGUUUGGGGCACAGGGAGCCGGAUAAAGGGGAUCAGUACAGAGACCCCAUUAGAAGCAGCAGAAUGAGAGGCCGAGUCACGUGACCUUUGUGCUCCUCCCUGGAACCAGCCCAGAAUAUUCCGCUAAACAGCCCCCCAGAGAGGGCACCUACAGAGCUUGGGAUGUAGUUCAACUACAACUCUCAGUAUCCUCUCACUCUGUGCUGGCAGGGCGCUGGGAGUUGUAGUUGUGGGACGCCCUGCUUUGCCUGGGGAAUCCAUUCCAUUUAUAUCUAGUUACACACACACUGUGUGCCCCACAGAGCUAACAAUCUAGGCCUGUUGCACUUUUGUGCAGAGUGUGAGCUUCUGUGACUACUACACCCCCCUCCCCACCCUGAUAUUCUGUGUGUUGCUAUUUGUCAGUCGGUGCCCCCCCCCCCGGGUUAUUUGCACUGAGUGCAUGUCUGUGCACGUGGGGAGCCACAUUAACCCUCUGUGUGCCGUGUAAUUGAAACCAUCUGUGAUUCCCUGACAGUCGCACCAGGGCUGGAGACAGGACCCUGCUGUUUGGCUGAGGGGCUGACGCUCGUUAGGGACCGUCCCCUUGUUAUGGGUCAGUCGCGGAUCAGAACAAGAUCCAAGUCUCCGCACAAACAACUCUCGGCAGAUCCGUCAGGAUCCCCCCCCCCCCUCGGCUCGGGGUCCCUCCUCUCUCAGUUUCACCAAAGCACAAACAAAGGGUAAGUCUGCCUCCCACCCCUGAAUGGGAAGCCUUUGUGCUUAGGGGGUGGGGGAAGGGGCAGCUCCUUGUUGUGUCACAUUUCCAGUGAUUAUCACAUCGGACUUUGCUCUGCCAAUCACAAUGGCGCAGUAAGGAGUCAGAGUCCGGCGGGGAACUGGGGAAGCCUUGCUGUGCCAGUGGGCAAGUGAGAGUCUCCCUGCGGAGCCAGUUGGUACCAUGCACUGCGUGCCCAAUGGCUCACAUACGGACUUGGCACUUAAAGGUCUGUCUCUGUGUUGGCACCUUCCUGAUCCUGCUGUUGGUUUGGGGCCACGUUGCCCAGGAAGGGCCCAAAGGAGCCCUGGGGCUUGACUUGUCCCCCCUCUUCCAUGGAGACCUGGUGCGGCCCCCCUGCCGGGAUCGCCUGGUGCUGCUCAUCUUGGUCACCUCACACCCGGCUCAUACGGAGCAAAGGAAGGUGAUCAGGAAGACCUGGGCCGCCCAAGGUGCCAUGGCCACUUACCCCUGGCAGGCUGUCUUUCUGAUUGGACGUACGCUGGACGUAGAACUGGACUGGCAUAUCCAUAAGGAGCACGUAGCAAACGGCGACAUCCUAAUGGGCAACUACCUGGACACCUAUCGGAACCUGACGCUGAAGGUGAUGCACGGCUUGCAGUGGGCAGCGGGCACGUGCCAGCCGCGUUAUAUACUGAAGACAGACGACGACUGCUUUGUCAACACUGAGCGGCUUCCGGCCUUCUUGGCCCUUAGCAACCAGCUCAGGGAGGGUCUCUACGUUGGCUCCACUUUCUCCAGGGAGAAGCGCGUCGUCAUAAGGGACCCCUCCAGUAAGUGGUACGUUUCCAAGCAGAGCUAUGAGCCAGACACGUACCCUCCUUAUGCCAGUGGCAUUGGCUAUGUCCUGUCCCUGGAUGUGGCUAAGACUGUGUUGGCCGUGGCACAGGCCACGCCACCCAUCCCUAUGGAAGAUGCCUACGUUGGGAUUUUGGCUGACAGGGCAGGGAUUAAGCUCCUCUCCAGCACCAGAUUUGCCAAACACAACCUCAAGUGGAGCAUCUGCAACUACCGGUACCUCAUGGUCAUUCAUCGGGUGUCUCCGGCCGAGCAGGAGGUGGCACUUGGGAACGUCCAGUUGGCCAACACUGCCUGCACCAUGAACAAGGAGGUGACACACUGGUAGCGGAAAUAGUGUUGUUUGGACCAUAGAUUGGGGCUGGAGGGAUCCCCAACUGGCUAAUUCCAGGUCACGUUAUAGUGAUUCAUGGGUAGAGGAACCAAACCCUAGAAACCCAACAGAACCUGCAGGUCUAUGUGCACUUACCUCCUGUGAUCUCAUACCAUCAUACCCAGUGUCCUAACCAUUGUACCCCAUGUCCUAACCAUCGUACCCCAUGUCUUAACCAUUGUACCCCGUGUCUUAACCAUCGUACCCAGUGUCCUAACAAUCGUACCCCAUGUCCCAACCAUCCUACCCCAUGUCCCAACCAUCCUACCCCAUGUCCCAACCAUCCUACCCCAUGUCCCAACCAUCCUACCCCAUGUCCCAACCAUCCUACCCCAUGUCCCAACCAUCCUACCCCAUGUCCCAACCAUCCUACCCCAUGUCCCAACCAUCGUACCCCAUGUCCCAACCAUCCUACCCCAUGUCCCAACCAUCCUACCCCAUGUCCCAACCAUCCUACCCCAUGUCCCAACCAUCGUACCCCAUGUCCCAACCAUCGUACCCCAUGUCCCAACCAUUGUACCCCAUGUCCUGACAAUUAUGCCCCCCCAUAUAGUGCUGCUUGGCCUAAUUGCACACCCCAACCCAGUUCCAUGGGCCCCAUCUGAUACAGGGGCUGCAGGCUGAGAUAUGAUUAGAUGAGUAAUUAGCAGAAUAACUAAUAAAAGGAAGGUUAUUAAAGAAUAAAUCUCUGUACAAAUGUGUAAUUUAUGUA